CAUAACCUCAAAGCCAGAGCGCCACCAAAAUAAAGUUACAUUUUUUGGGAAUUGCAAGUCGUCCAGGACUUGACCAGCCCACCAGAUACAGCCACACCACCCGCCAUGAACAGCCUUGUACGCCGCAGUGCCCACCAGCUGAGCCGGUGGCGCACAUUGUGCACAAAACCCGGCGCCCCGGAGGCAGCGGCGUCUCCAGGUAAACCCAGCUAUGAGGAGUUCAUAGGCCAUCAGCAGUGGCAGGCUCGCUGCAGCAUUGUCGUCCAGGUGAGCUCCGAGAAGUCGUACCCGGAGUUGUAUAACUACUGCAGCCGCUUCGGCGAGAUUCGCGGUGCCCAGCACUACUGCGUCCGCCAGGACGAGGCCCUGCACUAUGUGCUCCUGGAGUACGCCACCCCGGAUGAGGCGGCGGCGGCCAUUGGAGCGGGCGUGACCAAUGGCGAGCUCACGAGCGGCGUUCCCGUGCGUUCGCCCUUCCUUUGGUUUCGUGCCGCCGGCGGAGGAAGAAAGAGUGCCAAGCUAGCUCCCAAUCAAGUGCCACAACUCCUCUCCAUCGAUGGCAAUCGGCAGGUGGAGCAGGGCCACCUACUGGAGCUACUCCGCUCGGCCCAGGGAAUCGAAGAGCAAGUGCAGCUGCUGCAUGAACAUACGCGCCUGAAUGAACUGGGCAUUCGGAUGAGGUUUCUGGCCGCCCUGCAAGUGGAGCAGGCCAUCGCCGGGAUGUUUCCCGCCGCCCAGGCGCAGCCCUUUGGCUCCUCCGUCAACGGCUUCGGACGAAUGGGCUGCGAUCUGGAUCUAAUCCUCCGCUUCGACAACGAUAUGGGCGGGAGAAACCCAGCGGAGGCAACGGCGGAGCCAUCGCGCCUGGUUUACCACACCAAGGAGAACCUGAGCAACGGCCGAUCGCAGACGCAGCGGCACAUGGAAUGCUUCGGCGAUAUGCUGCACCUCUUCCUGCCCGGCGUCUGCCAUGUGCGACGCAUCCUGCAGGCCAGGGUGCCCAUCAUCAAGUACCACCACGAGCAUCUGGACCUCGAAGUGGACCUGUCCAUGAGCAACCUCACUGGCUUCUAUAUGUCCGAGCUGCUCUACAUGUUCGGCGAAAUGGAUGCUCGCGUGCGUCCGCUGACCUUCAGCAUUCGCCGCUGGGCGCAGUCGUGCGGGUUAACGAAUCCCUCGCCCGGUCGCUGGAUCAGCAACUUCUCGCUGACCUGCCUGGUGAUGUUCUUCCUGCAGCAGCUUCGCCAGCCCAUCCUGCCCACCAUUGGAGCGCUGGCGAAGGCGGCCCAGCCGAAGGAUUCGCGGCUCACCGAGGACGGGAUCAACUGCACAUUUGCCCGGGAUGUGGAACGCGUGGGCUUUCGGAGUCGCAAUCAGAGCUCGCUGAGUGAACUGCUGCUGCAGUUCUUUGAGUUCUACUCGCAGUUUGACUUCCACAAUCGAGCGAUCUCUCUAAAUGAGGGUAGGCCGCUUUCCAAACCGGAUCACUCGGCCAUGUACAUUGUGAAUCCGCUGGAGCAGCUGCUCAAUGUCAGCAAGAAUGUGAGCCUGGAGGAAUGCGAGCGGCUGCGCAUCGAAGUGCGGAAUGCGGCUUGGAUUCUGGAGUCGGAGGUGGAGAAUGUCGAUCGGCAGGAGCUCUCCUGGGGUCUCCUCAAUCUGUUUAAGCACCCCGAGAAGGCCGUAAUCCGGCCGAAUAUGUUCUUCAAGCCGCGCAUGGUCGAGGUCAGCGAUCUCUUCGAGGAGAAGCAGACGAAGGAGGCUUCUAACUCCAGCAGUGCCAUCACCUACAAGAGCUCCUCGGUGCGACAGCAGGUGCAGAGCAUCAAGGCGGCCACACGCUCGGAACUAAAGCAGCUACAGAACAGUCCCAAGAACCGAAGGAGCAGCAGAUGA